GUGGAGGCCUGAAUUUUGAUAUAUGUCCACCCUACCUCAGCUGCCUGAAAGUACUUAAUGAUCACAUGACCCUGGACAUGGAUGCUGUCCUGUCAGAUUUUGUCCGUUCCACAGGCGCAGAGCCUGGGCUGGCCCGAGAUCUCCUGGAAGGAAAGAAUUGGGACGUGAGUGCCGCCCUCAGUGAUUUUGAACAGCUACGUCAAGUCCAUGCUGGGAACCUGCCCCCACCCUUUAGUGAAGGGAGUGGUGGCUCCAGGACCCCUGAAAAGGGGUUUUCGGAUAGAGAGUCUGCCCGCCCUCCCCGACCCACCCUGCAGCGGCAGGAUGACAUCGUUCAAGGUACUGGGGUAACUGAGGGGUGUUUCUGUAGGUGGACUAGGAAGGAAGUGAGGGGACUGCUAAACGGAAAAGAAAGAAAACCAGGAAAGGGCAUUCCUCUUUUUCCUCUUUGCGGAACUGGUCUUCAGGGGUGUCUUGUUUGGGUUUCUUCCCUCUCCCCUUCGCGGCACCCCUUCCACUCUCUCCCCUCCUGCACCUCUAGGGUGGAGAGUUCAGAGGAGCCUGUAUAUGAGAGCCUAGAAGAAUUCCACGUUUUUGUCCUUGCGCAUGUGCUUAGGAGGCCCAUAGUCGUCGUGGCCGACACCAUGCUGAGGGACUCUGGUGGGGAAGCGUUCGCCCCUAUUCCCUUUGGGGGAAUCUAUCUGCCCUUGGAGGUCCCAGCCAGCCAGUGUCACCGCUCCCCUCUGGUGCUCGCCUACGAUCAAGCCCACUUUUCUGCACUUGUGUCCAUGGAGCAGAAGGAGAAUGCCAAGGAACAAGCUGUGAUCCCACUUACAGAUUCAGAGCAUAAGCUGCUGCCCUUGCACUUUGCUGUGGACCCUGGAAAGGGCUGGGAGUGGGGCAAAGAUGACAAUGACAACGUCCGAUUGGCCAGUGUAAUCCUGUCCCUGGAGGUCAAAUUGCAUCUGCUGCAUGGCUACAUGAAUGUGAAGUGGAUCCCAGUGUCCUCUGAUGCACAGGCUCCCCUGGCACAACCUGAGUCCCCCACAGCCUCAGCUGGAGAUGAGCCCCGGUCCACUCCUGAGUCUGGGGAAUCAGACAAGGAGUCGGUUGGCAGCAGUUCUACAAGCAAUGAGGGCAGCAAGCGGAAAGAGAAGUCAAAGCGAGGUCGGGAGAAAGACAAGAAGAGAGCAGAUUCUGUGGCCAACAAACUGGGCAGCUUUGGCAAAACUUUGGGCAGCAAGCUCAAGAAGAACAUGGGAGGCCUGAUGCCCAGCAAGGGCUCGAAGCCUGGAGGGGUGGGAACGGGGUCGGGGGUAAGCAGCGGCACCGAGACCCUGGAGAAGAAGAAGAAGAACUCACUGAAGAGCUGGAAGGGUGGCAAGGAGGAGGCAGCGGGGGAUGGGCCCAUGUCUGAGAAGCCCACAUCUGAGUCUGUUGGUAAUGGAGGGAGCAAGUAUAGCCAGGAAGUGAUGCAGAGCUUGAGCAUUAUGAGGAUUGCAAUGCAAGGGGAGGGGAAGUUUAUUUUUGUUGGAACCCUGAAGAUGGGUCACCGUCAUCAGUAUCAGGAGGAGAUGAUCCAGCGGUACCUUUCUGAUGCUGAGGAGAGAUUCCUGGCCGAGCAGAAGCAGAAGGAGGCAGAGAGGAAGAUCCUGAAUGGAGGGGUGGGGAGUGGGCCUCCUCCAGCCAAAAAGCCAGAGCCAGAUGGCGGGGAGGAGUUGCUGACUGCCCCCGCAGCAGAGUCCAAGGCAGUGGCAUUCCCUGCUGGCUACCCUGGGGGCUUUACUGUCCCGCGGCCUGCUGGGGCUGGAGCCCACUGCCAGGAACCCCGGAGGCAGCUGGCAGGGGGGCCUUGGGGGGGGGGCCUACCACCCUAUGCCACCUUCCCCAGACAGUGCCCUCCAGGGCGGCCCUACCCCCAUCGGGACUGCAUCCCGUCUCUGGAGCCAGGCAGUCACCCCAAGGAUGGCCUUCACAGGGGUGCAUUGUUACCACCCCCGUUCCGCGUGGCUGAUUCCUACAGCAACGGCUACAGAGAGCCCCCUGAGCCAGAUGGAUGGGCUGGAGGGCCCCGGGGGCUUCCUCCAACCCAGACCAAAUGCAAACAGCCGAACUGCAGCUUCUAUGGACACCCUGAGACAAACAACUUCUGCUCCUGCUGUUACAGGGAAGAACUGAGGAGGAGGGAGCGCGAACCGGGUGGGGAGCUGCUGGUGCACAGGUUCUGAGCGGGGCGGGGAGCCUUGGAGGGCAGGGGGGCUAAACAAAGAGAGUUAAGCUCUACUCAUUGGCUCAUCAAGACCCAGCCCCCAUGCGGAUGGGGCAAAUGCAGUAAUGUCAGUGGGAGCCUGGCCAGGAACUUCUGAAGUGUGUGUGCGCGCGCUGGAGAGCUGCCAGGCUGGCAAGAGCAGGUCAGGGCUGGGCGGUGCCUGGAGGGCCGCGCGCGCGAGCCCUUUGUCAAUCUUGCUGGGACUGAGGAGGUACAAGGGGGAAAGAUGGUGAUUCUGUCUCAUAACUGCUUGGGUACACCCCAGGACCUAGGGGAAAUGAGGGGAAGGUUUAGUGUGUGGGGGUGGGGAGGUGGGCAGAAGUCUGGGGCAGGAGCAGGCAAAGGAGGUUCUCAGUCAAUAAAAGAAAAACCAGACCAAAGUUCUUGUAGGUUGGAAAAAAGCACAUGAUGGUGGAGUUGGGAGUGUGGAGGGAAACUGGGGAAUUAGGCAGAUUUGCUGUUGAUUUGAAUUAAGGUAGAAAUUAGGGUUGGCCAAAUUCCUCCUGAAGGAUCUGGAAAGACAAGGCAGUAAUGUGUCCUCACGGGUGCUUAUUAGGAGGGGGUUAGUUUAAAUCCGUUUACUGAGAUGGGAAAGGGAAGAACUUAAAAGGGGAAUCCUUUUCCUCUCAAGUUUUAUUUCUUCUAAACAGCCAUCUGUCAUCUGUUCUGGUUUGAGAGGAGAUUGCUGAUUGCCCGGUAUCUUUUCCUCAUCCUUUUUGAGGGCUGAACUCAGCUAAGUUAAGAUUGUGAUUUUUUUUAACUACUUUAAUUUUAUUUAAAAAAAAAAAGAAAAAGUUCCCUCAGGGGAAGGGAAGAGUGAGGAGAAGAGCAGCUGUGUGGGCUGAAUCUUCUCCAGGUGAUCUUUUGUAACUACUUAGCAAUAACCACACAUUGGGGUGUGAGUGCACCCUGGGGGGGCAGGAGCAGGACAUACCUUUGGCCAGACUGUUUCAAACAAAACCAAAAACCAUCCUCUGCUGCUGUGUUUCUGUAGAAAGCAACUUAUUUUGACUAUUUUUUUUUUUUAAGGAAAAGAAACAAAACGACCCCAGUGAGCAAAAACAUUUUAAAAAUGAUUUUUUUUUUUCUUCCUAUGUAAGUGAUUCUUUCUCCUUCCUCUCUACUUUUGGAGAAUGAACUUAACAUCCCGGCUUCUUUUGUUAAGCCAUAGCUGACCUUAAUCUGUGGUUAGUUUAUUAAAAUAAGAAAAAAAAAUACUUUGUAAGAAGACAUAUUUUUGAUAAUAGGAUUGAUGUUGAAACACGGGGGUAGGGGUUAGGGGCAAUUUAUAAAAAGGUAGUUAGAGAAAUAUAUUUUAGUGAACUGUAACCACAGAUCACAGAUUACUCCCAAUGAGCUGAUCUGUCUUUGGGUUUCCCCCUUUCCCUGACUCAGCCCUUUUCCCCAGAGGGUGGGAGUGGGCCUAUGGACACAGAAGGGGGAGCUCCUUUGCAUUUUGCACAAAGCACAAGUCUGGACAGCCUUUACUCUGGCCAGCACCAUUUCUAAGAGCUUUAAACUGGAGGACCUAUCCUGGGCCAAUUUUCCUUUUUCUUUCUUCCUUUUUUUUUUUUUCUGGGGGAAAAAAAAAUCAACUAUGCAAUUGUAUAAACUCCUGGGUGCAUAUGAAGAAGGGGAAUAAGUGUACUUAAGUGUCCAGAGUGUUAAUCGGGGCUGUUUUUCUGUAUGUGGAUUUCUCUUUUAAGGUAUGUACUCCUAACCCAUCUCAUGGAAUGGCAUCCCCACAUUUGCUCUAAACCGGAUGUGGGCUGGGUGUGGGUGUGUGUGUGUGUUGGGGACCUGUAAUUGCCAUAUGUUGCUUCUGCCCAAUCAGGAAAGUUGUCAUCCCAUGUCCCCCAAGACUGUCCUCUUCAUUGGAACUGCUCAAGAGUUUAGAAAGAUUCCUCUUUCUUCAGCAGACUUGAAAGUCACUCAUUUUUCAAAUCUGAUAGUCGAUUUAAUCAUUUCAUAUGGCUAUUAAUUCUUAGGCUUUUAUUUGAAAAUAGAAUGGUUUUCAGGAAGCACUGGGGUCAAAGGAGAUAGAUUCCAAAGGAGGGGAUGUACAUAUUUUUGGCCAGGGCUGGGACUAGUACAAGAUGAGUACUCCCCUCGGUACAGAACUUUAAGGGGUACUGAAAAACUCAGUGAUUAAGAUAAAUACCAUGUUAAUGCAGUAUUUAAAAUACAAUAUGGGAAAACUCCAUGAUGAAUAAAAUAUCAAAAUCUUAAAGAAGGAUCCAAUAGGACUGAGAUUAAGGUGAGGGAAAUAAGCUGAAUUGAGCAAGUAUGGGGUUGAAUCCUGUCCUUACAAUUUUGAUACUUAGUUCAUUGUGGAUAUUUUACAUUGGUUUUGAUGUUCAAAAAAUACUGCAUUAAGAUAGUAUGUUGGUUAUUGAGUUUUGGGGCACCCCUUAAAUUUUGUGCCCGAAGUGAGUGCCUUGCUCACCUCACCCUGUCUCUGGGGCUAGAACAGCACUGGUGAGACCAUCACCUCGUGAGCUUCCAUCCCCUAAGUGUGCCCAAGCAACAGGUGGCUCCAGCUCACACCCGGCACAGCUCACCUAGCUUUCCCGGAGGCGCAUAGGAUUCUGGCCUGGACCGAUAGGAAUGGGAACAGACCAGGGGUUUUCCCAGAGAGUAAAGCCAGGAAAGUUUUAAUUCUCCGUUGGACUGCUGUGUUUGGAUUUGAUUUGUUAUUAGAUUCUAGCUAAUACUUUUGUUUUUAAAAACUGAGGACAAAUGAACAAAAACAGAAACCUUGUGUCAUGUUUGUUUUUGUUUUGAUUUAUAAACUAACCAAUCCCAAUUUAUUUGACCUCUUUUCAAAUAAAAAAGGUAGAAAUUCUGGGGGGUUGCUUAGGAGUGAGUAUGAUAAAAUAGGGCUUUAUUUAGGCCCUGUAGCUUUUUAUUUAGCAAUAAAUUAUUUUUGUUUAAUUUGGGAAGGUAACUAUAUAUUGAGGCAUUAAAAAAAAAUUCUCCAUUCUAAGGAUGACGGGCCCUGAGUCAAUGGAUGUUUUUCAGUAGGGAUGAGUAAAGACUGUUUUGCUUUAUUCUUUGAGGGGGUUUUGUGGGAUGGAGGGUGAAGGAAUAAUGCCUGGGAAAUGAAAACAGACUGUGGUUGGUUUGUGGUAUUUUGGGAAGAUGAGGGGGUGGAAGAGGCAAGCCCAUGCAGUUACUGUGCUGGGAGAGGGGAGGAGAGGGGGACAUGACGUGCACCCAAAAUGAGCAAAAAUUCCUUGGUUAAGGAGGGGUAUGUGGCUGAAGGGGGAGGCAGAUCCUGUCACCCUGGCUGAGGGAUGGGAUCUCUCAGGCUUAAAUAAGUGCACUUAGUUCCUUUAAUCCAGGGCAUUGGGGUACCUACUGAGGUUUUUAUUGGAGAGGGGAAAUAUUUGGGGUUCUUAUUUUUCCCCUCUUAAGACAGUGCUACCCCUCCACCCUACAUUCUCCACCCCAGCCUUGACGGAGCAAGUAUACUAUAGGAUAGGUCUCCAAAUUCCUACCUUAAUCUGUGUCGUUUUAUUGGGAGUUACAAGAUUUAAUCAAAAGUUUUUCCCUCAUACUGGAUCCUGUCAACAAAAUAAAAAGAUUAUAUCAAAACUUUUUUUUUUUUUUUUUAAAGAUUCAGUCUCUUUAUGGAGUGGGGAUGAUGUGAAACUUGGUGCUACACAGGGCCUGGAGGGAAGUACUCUCCCUCUCUUCUUGGCUCGGUUUCUUCUCAAGCGCAACUAAAGCUUACAGACCAAUAAAACAAAAGUUAGCAAUGACUUCAUAUCGUGUAUUUGGGAAGUGAUACAGAGGCAGAAAAAAUGGAACUGGUUCCGAAUGGUCUCCUUUCUAAACAGCCACACACAUCCAACGUUCCAGUCACAUUUGUCUUUCCCAUUAAGGCGCUUCAGUGAUGACUGUCCCCUCAGACACCAGUCGUCUUCUUUCUCCAAGCAGUCAGUGCCCCAGGCACAGAUGAGAAGACAGACUUGGAAGCCCCUUCCCUGCCUGGAAUCACCUGCAUCUCAGAUUUUUCUAAUUUCUUUUUCCCUCCAGGCCCUUCAACUGCAGAUUCAGUGAGUCAGACAGGCACUCCUGUCUCUUUCACUUUGUCGAUACUCAGCCUGCAGAUAGCAGGGUGUUUUGCCCCUGUACUUUAAGUAGCUUAACAAAAUAUUUAUUAUGACGUCCUCAUGUAGACUUUAUCCAUGCCACCGCCCUUCACUGGCCACGUGGGUUAGGGGGGUUAGGAAAGAGGAACGGAAGCUGGCUGACGGUAACGGAGAGCAGUGGGGUGUGGGGAGGACGUUGGCCUCUUUCUGUGCUUAUAACUGGAUCUGUGACUCAUCUUGUGAGUCACUCAGCUCCACCCCCCUCCUCCAGCUGCCCCUCCCAGCAGCCUUCACUCUUGGCACAAACCUGCAACCAGACCAGGAUUCUGAAAAUGGAAAAAUCUGAUACAGCCCCUUGCUUUUGCAUCCUUCCUUUCAUCCACUAAAACCUCCACUGGUGUGGGGGGUACUGAGAGGUACCCCUUUACUUAGCCCUUGGCUGUUGCCCCUUUACAUUCUCGUGCUCAGCCAAGUCACCCACUUUUUUCUGCCUUUCACCUCCCCCCAUUCCCCUGAUGUUUUUUUCCUCUAGUUUGGAUUCCUCUGCUGCUGCUAUACCUCAAAAUAUUAAGAAUAGAAUGAGGCUCUUGAAUGAAGGGUAGUGGGGAGAGGGAAAAUGGAGAAUGGGAUUUUAAAAUUGUGGAACACAGCUCUUCCUACUGCAAGAGACCUUGGGAAGUAUUUCUUCCCCCAAGAGAUUGAGGCCCAUGGAAAGUAGGUGGGGUUGGGGGUGCUUGGGAACUUUUAGGACUUCUAGAAUAAGGCUUCUGGGCCACCUUCCUAGCAGGUGUAUGCCUCUUUGUUCCAAAUUAACUUCCUGUCUCACAAUAUCUUCAUUAUUUCCACAAUAUCAGCCAAGACAGGGAACUUUUACAGCCGAGGCCGGAAGGGUGUGUGUGCUGAGGGGAGGAGAGAGUUGAGUGUCACUUUGGAAAACUGGGGCCCCCACUUAAGGUCUGCUGCCUCUGUACAGACUCAAAAUCAAUAAAACAGCAGCUCAUUAA